AGAUAAAAACUGCUCCUCGGUGUUUCUGUAGAAACCCUGGCCAGGAUGUGAGAAGUCAGACAGGAUCUACUUUGCCUUGCUGAGCCCACAGGAGUAUGCAGUGUCUUCCAGGCAGGGCAGGGAGACUUAUCACCUUCUGCAGGAUCUGGGAACCACAAAUGUGAGCCUGACUACACACUGCUUUCUGUGAGAAGCCACAAAGGUUGGAUCCUAAUGGUUUAGUCUUUAACUAUGCUGUACUUUACACACUUGUUGUAUUAUCAACAAACGUGAUAAAUCUAACUAUAUUAUAAUAUUUCUCUCUGAAAUGCAGGCUGUGCUUAAGUAAAGUAUUCUGAAUUAGUGAAUCAGAAUCAGAAUAAAAUAUUUAAUAAGGGAAAAAGAAAGGAGAGAUGAGCAAUUUUUACUUCGAUUACGCAGUGCAUUUCCGCCACACAUUCCUUUCCCUGACAGCAGAGGGCGCUGCAGGGCUCUAUUCUGCUAUGGAAUCCGAAGAAGGAUCGCGUCGUUUCUUCUUCCUGUUUGAUCCAUGUAGUUGAAAACGAGUCCACCGAUGAGUGUAUGUUCUGUGAGAUGUCGGCAGUUGUUGGUCGUUUCACGCUUUUUAGGUUCCUGUCUGCUCCGUCACGUUUUAGCGCUGGACGUAAAAACGGGAGAGGAUUAGCUGCUGUUAGCUUCAGACCGAGCUGGACCGCAUGGAGCAGCGCCAGGCACAUUUCUGCAGGAAGGCUGGUGUCAAAUGCAGAGGACAAGAAAACAGUGAUCUGUAUUGAGGGGAACAUUGCCAGUGGGAAAACAACAUGCCUGGAGUAUUUCAGUAAAACUAGCAAUAUAGAGGUCCUUACAGAACCAGUGUCCAAAUGGAGGAAUGUCCGCGGUCACAACCCUCUGGCUCUUAUGUACCAGGAUCCUCAGCGCUGGGGUAUCACACUGCAGACGUAUGUUCAGCUCACCAUGCUGGACAGACACCUGUCAGCCAUGUCAACUCCUGUCAGGAUGAUGGAGAGAUCCAUCUUCAGUGCCAAGUACAUCUUUGUGGAGAAUCUCUUCAGAAGUGGGAAGAUGCCAGAGGUGGACUACGCUGUUCUCAGCGAGUGGUUUAACUGGAUCACAAAUAACAUUUCCAUUCCUGUUGAUCUGAUUGUUUAUCUGCAGACGUCUCCUCAGACCUGCUACGAGAGAGUGAGGCAGAGGUGCCGAGAGGAGGAGAAAGUUAUUCCAUUGGAGUAUCUGGAGUCCAUCCACCAGCUGUAUGAGGACUGGCUUUUCAAACGUAGCUCAUUCCAUCUUCCUGCUCCUGUUUUGGUGAUUCCCGCUGACCAUGACCUCGAGGAUAUGCUGCACCACUACGAAGAAAAUCGCGAUAAGAUCCUAGCAUACCGUUGAUGCUCAAAUAUAGAGUUAGGCACACUCUGAAGGACAUCGCUUGUUCAAGACAAGAUCAUGAAGAUGUGAAUAAAUCUGUUACACUGAUUGUAUUUUUAGCUUUUUGGCUUUGUGCCCAAGCAAAACUCAGUUCAUAUGUGUUUAUUAGGGGAAAACUUCAUCAUUAACAGCUUUUAAUGACUUAAUAGUUUUACCAAAAUGUAUAUUUAUUUAUUCUAACCUCCAACAUGGAACCAGAACUAACUUCAGACCAGGUGAGACAUUCCACUGAGUCUCUGCUUCAUAUAAACCAUGAGGUUUUUUUAUUAUUACAUUAGAGAGUUACUGAAACAAAGAACUCCAAGUGUUUAAGAAUUGUGCUUAGAGCUUCUUAAGCAGUCACACUGACUCAUUUGACAUUGUCUACAGUUAUUUGUUCAGUUGUUGCUUUCUAAUGGAUUUGUUUUGUCACUAUUUAAUGUAAUAAACUGUGUUUACUAAUUUUCAUUUAUUUAUAUGGAUGGGACAGUACAUAUUAAUGAAGUACAAUCUCACAAGUUUGCAGUAAAUAAGGAACAUUUAGCACAGGGCUAACUUCCAUUUGCUGGUCCUAGUUUCCUAUGAACCUUGGGACUACUUUAGAUAGAGAAUACAUGUAUAUCUGCUAUAACUUGAUUUAACUGAUUUUGGAACCCAAUAAAGGGUUUACUUGUUUUUCUCUUAAACAUUUUGUUAAAAGAAACAUUACUCUGACUUGUUUGUCCACAAUAAUCAAUAAAUUCUGUAUUUCUAA